AUGUCGCCCGUUCCCACAAGCACCUCGGUCCUGCCGCCGCAAGCAGCCGUCGAGGCUCGCACGUCGGUCGCCGACGCCGAAUCUUCGCAAUCUUUCCAGAAGCGCACCAUGCGCCCAGCACAGCUUCCUCUGCCGCAGCAGAAUGGACAACUGCUUCAGGACAGCCACCCGUCCGCUUCGUCCGAGGAUUCCAGCUCUUCUUCCCCCACGCUCUUUCCCGUCACCACCCCUGCCUCCUCCGGAGUGCCUUCGCCCACCGAUGAAGUAAAGCAGGCCGACAUGCUCACACCGCACGCCGCGCUUGAAAACGCCACAAGAUCCACAAAAGCCCUCUUCGAGCAGUGGAGGCCCACCUCGCACUUCCUCGGCCCGCAUGGCUGGAUGAACGACCCCUGUGGCCCCUCGUACGACCCGCGCACUCGCCUCUACCAUCUCUGGUACCAGUGGAAUCCAAACGCCUCCACCUGGGGGUCCAUCUGCUGGGGCCAUGCUUACAGCCACGACAUGAUCCACUGGACCUCUCGCCCGUAUCCGGUCAUCGAACCCGGCAGCAACCACGACUCUGAAGGCGUCUUCACCGGCUGCGUGCUCCACCGCUCGCCACUCGGCUCCGCCGCCGAGGCAGCAGAGACAGGCGAGAUGACCGCCAUCUACACCGCCGUCUCCAAGCUGCCCAUCCACCACACGCUGCCCUACAACCACGGCAGUGAAAAGGUCGUCCUCUCCACUUCCAAGGACGGUGGAGAGACGUGGGUGCCCCAUGGCCUGGUGCUCGACGGGCCGCCUGAGCAUCUCGACGUCAUUUCGUGGCGCGACCCUUACAUUGCCCCGUGGCCGUUGCUCGAUGCUGCCCUUGGUCGCACCGACCAGCAGCCUGGCCUGUACGCGCUCAUUGCCGGAGGCAUCAAGGAUACUACGCCCACCAUUUUCGCCUACUCGAUCAACCCCACCGACCUCAGCCAGUGGACCUUCGUCGGCACGCUCGCCGACGUUGGCCGAAAUCACAAAGCCGCCCCCUACGGCGUGGACCUCGGCAAGAACUGGGAGGUGGCCAACUUCUUUACCAUCCGCGACACGGCUGGGCCCGCGUCGGCAGAGUACCUUCUCAUCAAUGUCGAGGGGUGCACCGAGCCCGGGCCCGCGCGCGCGGCUGUGUACAUGGAGACGCUGCCCGACGUGCAGCGCGGUUCGGACGGCGAGAUCCGGCUGCAACCCGACCACGUGGGGCUUUUGGAUCACGGAUGUCUGUAUGCCGCCAGCAGCUUCCACGACGAGCAGCACGAUCGCAGGAUCAUGUGGGGCUGGAUCACCGAAGACGACCUCCCCGAAGACUACUACAACACCCAGGGAUGGGCAGGUCUCAUCUCGCUCCCGCGCGAGCUCUUCCACCACCCCACCUCGACACAGCUUGGCAUCCGUCCCGCACAAGAAGUGCAGCGUCUCCGAAACGGCGCGCAGCACAUCUGCAUCACACCGAGCGACCGAGCCGCGACGGCGGUGGUUGAGCUUGCCGAGGUCGACAGUCUCGGGGCGAUCUUGGUGGACGAGGUGGCGAGCCGCUCUUACGAGGUCGAGACGAAGCUCUCGGCGGGGCAGCCCGGUGUGGUGGUGGCGCACAGCAACGACAUGACCACGCGCACGGUCGUCUACAUUACCGACUCGGAGCUUGUCGUCGAUCGAUCGCUGUCUGCAGGCAAGGAUGCGGUCAUCGCAAAGGGCCUCAAGGUCAACACGUCGACGCUGCGUGCACCGCUCGCCCCGACAGCCGACGGCACUCAUUCGCUGCGUCUCUUCCUCGACAACUCGGUGCUCGAGGUGUUUGUCGACGAUGUUAUUGCCCUCUCCACGCGCGUCUAUCCCGAUCCCACCGACGUCGGCCUGUCCAUCCUCCAGACCUCAGACGCACAGCAGGCCGAUCUGGCUCCAGUCAAUGUCUGGCAAGGCCUCAGCAAGGCUCUUAUCGCCUAG